UUUAGCCGCGGCACCCGCCGCUCUUUGAGGGGGGAUUUUGCUCCUGGGUUUCUCCUGAGUCUGGUGCCUGCCGAGGCACGGCGCACGGCUCUGCUCCCUCGGUGGGGAGAGCUCGUCAGUUGAGCCCCAACGCCGCGUUACCUCAGCGCGGGAGAGGGCAAUGUUUUUGCAGAAAUACUAUGAAAUAGCUUUUUAUUAAGGACAUGGUGACUGACUUUGAUGAAAAACAUGAUGAAUACUUAAUAUCCCUUCAGCAGAGAAACCGGCUCCUGAGAUGUCUGAAAAGGAGGGAUCCCAUACAAAUCAAACUGGAGCAGCUGGAACAAGGAUUUUCUCUGUACCUGAAUGGAGCUAAUUCGGAGCGGAGAAAGUGCCGCAGAAAAACCAUCUCACGUGGCUGCCUGAACAGUGAGGCAAAGACCACCAGGACAAACACAACCCAGCUAGAAGAGUUGCAAGAAAGCAGCACACAGACUGCACCAAGCAAAACACAACGCAGAGGUUGGCUUCAGAAAACUGUGGAGAUUAAAACAGAAACGGGGUCUAAACUCCGCAUCAAACCUCCUUGUGAGUACUCUGAGGAUUUUGAACCUUAUGAAAGCUUGAGUGUGGAGACAAAUGGUGACACUCCUCUGCACCACCCCCAGCAGAAAUUGAGAAGAAGCUUGCACCUCAGCGUGGAAGAGAAAAGGAUGGAAGAAGACGCUCUUAGUGAUGAUUCUGGCUCUGUUGAAGAGGAUGUGUUUUCAGAACAGUCUUCUACUGAGGAAACCACUGCAAGCUUUGGAGGUUUCCAGCUGCAUAGCAGUAGAUCAGUGCAGAAAGAAACUUCUGAACAUCAGGGCGCUGGGGGUUGCUCUCGCCUUGCUUCUGGUGCCCUUACUGUGUUGGGGUUCAACGAAGAUCAGCAUAAAGUGAAGCCACUUCGAGUUCUCUCAGCAAAACGGAAAGAUAAUGCUGAAAUAUACAUUCCUGUCAGACCAGUCCUGGUAAAAAAUAAAACCACUCGACCACUCUCUGCUGAGUUCUUGCAGCAGGAAAGACAUGAAAGAGUUUGUUCUAGACCAUUAAGUCAACCAGAGAGAUCACUUUCAGCAGCUCGAAAGACUGUGUGUGAGAAGGAUCCUGAUCUCUCCGUUUCAGCUGUCAUUAAAGCAAUGCAAAUGGAAAAUGAAAUCCUGCAGAGACAGCUGCGGAGGCAGAGAACUUCCACAGGCCCUCAGAAGAAGGAAUUUUCUGUUUCAUCUGCUACUUCUGCAGUGGCUGAACCCACAGAAGAAAGCCAGGCAAGGGCUGCAGUCACCAAAGCUAUUGAGAGCUUUUGUCCUUUUGGAAGCAGACAACAGAAGAAACUUGUGAAAGUUCUUCAGGAACCUGAGAGCCAUUCUGCCUGUGAUAAGGACUUGGUCCUCUCUGAUGACAAAGCUGAGAUAGAUUCCGUGUUGCGAGAGAAGGUGACAACCACUAUGGAAGUAUGUGAUGCCAUUUAUGUGACUAUGGAACUUCUUUCUAACUGGGGAGAUCCAGUACAUGUGGGCCUGAGCAAGGUGGAAUUCUUUGAUUUAUGCAACAAAAAGAUAUUUGUGUCUCCUCAUGAUGUGGACAUUCGAAAUGCUGACAGCCCAGGGGAUUUGUGCUGCUUGGUCAAUAACAGCUUCAAAACUACAAGGGAAAGCCUCUGGAUGUGCCCUUUCCAUCCACCCAUCCAACUUUACUUUGUUAUCCGCAAUCCCACCCGGUCACAUGACUUUGGUAUAUCCAAGAUCAAGAUUUGGAAUUACAACACAACAACUCCCAGUGACCUUGAUGUUGGAGUAAAGAAGGUGAAGUUAUAUGUUGAUGAGAACCUUGUGUUUGAUGGUGAAUUAGAGAGAGCCUCUGGAGAUCUCACUGAGAACAGCACGACUAUUGACCUUACAGAUCACAAGCAAGAUAACUCUGCAUAUUCUUCAAAUGAAAGGAAAGAAGUAAAUGUACCUGCAGUCACAGAGAAGAAAGCAGGCCUACAUUUUCAAUGCUUACAGUCAAACAGUGCUUUACUAACCUGGAAAUCUCUGCCAGAAGAAAAUCUUCUUGAGCGUAAGAUGCACUCUGUCAGCUUUACAAAGAAAAACUUGUCUGAGUUAGAGGAUGAUUCAGAGGUGUUGCCAUCUCAAGUUUGUAUAAAAGAUGCCAAGGAGGAUGCAACAGUACAAGCAGUUAGGGAGAGUGUUCAAUCUGAUGAUGAACUUACUUUGAGUGAGCAAAUGGAAAAGCUAACAGGAAGAAAACUAUCUGAUUCUACAAGUGCAUUUCCUCCUUGGUUACAGUCGUCUUCCCAAGUAACAGAAAAUCAUCAAGCUACUUCCAGUAAGGAGAAGCCUCCCUGGCUUGCUACAGAAUGUGGUUUGGGCUUGAGAUUUCAAACACAGUCAGAUGCACUAAUGAAAAACUUUUCAGAACUGACUAAUGAAGGUGUCAAAUGGCAGAGAAAUGAACUGGCAAGAUCCAGUAGUAGAAAUGCAAAUGAAAAUGAAAAAUCACAAUUGCCAACCAGAAGGGAUGGUGGUGAAGGCUUGGACAUAUUGGAGCAACUUUCAAACAAAAAUUCCUGCAGCUCACAGUACCCUACAAGUGGAAGAAGGAGUGUCAGACGUGGAAAAAAAGAGGGAUUGAACACUAUAAAUCUUGGAGGAGAUGGUUUUGCACUUGGAGAUGAGGACUUUUCUGUCAAGGACGUAGCAACCUCUAGAGCAAAGAGGCACAAUGAACAAGAGCACACUCUGCAGGAGUCCUGGAACUCCUUGGUGAAGUUUAAUUAUUCCCAUCGGGGCCGAAUCUCUAACAUGGAUUUUCAAGGGGAUAUCUUUGAUGAGUUUCUCCAGCAGCAGAAAAUCAGCCGGCCUGGAGACAAUCAGCACAUGAGAAGAGAGGGACUACCAACACUACCAAAACGGCAAGAAGAAGAAAAUUCUCUGGAGGCACAUGAUGGAAAUGAUUUUAAAAUUCCCGUUUUACCUUAUGGGCAACGCUUAGUGAUAGACAUUCAGACAACAUGGGGAGACAGGCAUUAUGUUGGUCUUAAUGGAAUUGAAGUUUUCAGUUCUAAAGGAGAGCCUGUUCAGAUUUCAAAAAUAACAGCUGAACCACCUGAUAUAAAUAUUUUACCAGCUUAUGGCAACGAUCCCAGAAUAAUAACCAACCUAAUUGAUGGUGUAAAUCGGACGCAGGACGACAUGCAUCUUUGGCUAGCACCAUUUACCCCUGGAAAACCUCACUUUAUCUUUAUUGACUUUGUGAAUGCCUGUCAAGUAGCUAUGAUUAGGAUUUGGAAUUAUAAUAAAUCUCGCAUACAUUCUUUCAGAGGUGUGAAAGACAUUGUAAUGGUGUUAGAUGAACAGUGCAUCUUCAAAGGAGAAAUCGCAAAAGCUUCAGGAACCCUGUCUGGAGCUCUCGAGCACUUUGGGGAUACUAUAUUGUUCACUACUGAUGAUGAGAUCCUUGAAGCAAUAUACUGCUAUGAUGAGACACAUGAUGGAGAAACAGAAAAUGCCAGCUCCUUGAGAUACGAGGAAGAGCUAAAGAGGCCAAAAACUGCUGACAGGGAGGGAGAUGAAAGACCUUUUACACAAGCAGGUUCAAGAACAGAGGAUCAACAGGUUCAAGAGCUGGAUCCCCUCUCUGAAUGUAUUCCCAAGGAAUCAGGAAUAUUUACUGGAAAGUGCCUGCAGCUGAAUUUUACCAUGACCUGGGGAGACUCUCACUACCUUGGACUGACAGGACUUGAAGUGAUAGGAAAGAAUGGUCAUGCAUUAAAAUUAAGCACAGAACAGAUGUCUGCUUCACCCCAAGACUUAAAUGAUCUUCCAGAGUAUACAGGAGAUUACAGAACAUUAGAAAAAUUAAUAGAUGGGACUAAUAUCACAGUAGAAGAUGACCAUAUGUGGCUCAUUCCCUUCUCUUUUGGAGAAGAUCAUCUGCUCACAAUCCAUUUUGAUAAAAUUGAAAGUAUUGCAGGGCUUCGCUUUUGGAACUAUAAUAAAUCUCCAGAGGAUACCUAUAGAGGGGCUAAGGUAGUCCACGUGUUGCUGGAUGGGCAGCGUGUCUCCCCACUGGAGGGCUUUCUUAUCCGCAAGGGACCUGGCAACUGCCAUUUUGACUUUGCCCAAGAAAUUCUCUUUCUUGACUAUCUGCAGCCCCAGCUGAGUAAUAAAGUCCAAAGAAGGACUGUUUCAAAGAGAAUGGAACAAGCUAGUAUGGACUAUGAAGCACCAUUAAUGCCAUGUGGUUUUGUUUUCCAGUUUCAGCUUCUGACAAGCUGGGGUGAUCCAUACUACAUUGGUUUGAAUGGACUGGAGUUGUUCAAUGAACAUGGAGACCAGAUCUUGCUGACUGAAAACAAUAUUGCUGCUUUUCCAGAUAGUGUGAACAUGUUAGAAGAUGUAUCUGGAGACAUCCGAACUCCAGACAAGCUGAUUGACAGGGUGAAUAACACGACAGAUGGCAGACAUAUGUGGCUUGCACCAGUUCUUCCUGGCUUGGUGAAUAGGGUAUAUGUCAUUUUUGAUGUGCCUACUACUGUCUCAAUGAUCAAGUUAUGGAAUUAUGCGAAAACUCCUCAGAGAGGUGUGAAAGAAUUUGGUCUUCUGGUGGAUGACUUGCUUGUGUACAAUGGGAUUCUGGAUAUGGUGAGCCAUGUAGUAAGAGGCAUCCUACCCACCUGCGAUCCAGUGGUCCCGUAUCAUACCAUUCUCUUUACAGAUGAUGAGAAGAUUUGCCAUCAGGAGAAGAGAACUGUUAUUAGCAAUCAUGUUGGAGAUCAGGAUGUACGAAUGAUGAAUGAAAAUGAGGUUGUCACCAACAGCAAAAAGAAGCAGGUUGUGGCUGAUCCAGCUUUGCGUCCAAAAACCUGCAUAUGUGAGAAAGGACCACAGAGGAGGAAAAGAUAACAAGGGAUUGUGAUGGGAAAGUCCUGAGUACUUCCAGCCCCAGUACCUGCAAUCUAGCUCUUCAAGAUAUGUACCAUCCAAAUGGAAGAUUUUCCAUGUCUGCUGUUGAAGCAUCUCCUGUCUUAUGAGAGGACCUUUUAUUCACUACAGGAUAUUUUCUUCAGUAAUGAAAUUCAAAGCAUUAAUUCAAUUUUUUGGUUUUUCAAAUCAUCGUUACUUGUAUGAUUGUUUUUCUUCCUUUCUUAAUGGGAAACACAGGGAGGAACAUAAAGGAGUGAGCAAGAGCCUUGCUGCUAACUGAGAGCUGUCCUGCCAGUUACUAAGGACUUGGGUGAAGCAUGAUGGUCAUAACAAGAGGCUUUCAGAGUAUUUCUCAAGCUUUAAUUUCUAGACCCUAGCUGAAGGACCACAGAGCUCCUCAUUAGAAGGAAGUGUCUGCUUUGUUUCUGAUGCCUGUAAAUAAUUCUUUGGGAAUUCACUAGAGGAAAUGCUCUUUACCUCUCUGAUUCUGGACUGCCACUGUAGGUUUUGAUGGCAGUGCGCUUUACAGGGGUGACACUCUUCCUUACAUUUGGAGAGGUUCCACUGGGUGUGCAGAAGUCUGAAUGCUUUUAGUAAGUGGAGAUCAGGAAGUGGGUUUAUCAAGGUUUAGUAAGUAAGUUUCAGCUGUCACUUUUCAUCUUUUGCAAUGAAAUAAUUAUUUCUUUCAUUAUUUCACUACCAUGAAAAAAGCAAAAUAGAUGUUUUUGCCUGAAGUGCCAUUGACAGGUGCUCUGCACAUUCUUCAGAGUCCUCCUGCUACAGAGCAAUGCUCUUUUCUCCUAUCUUGCCUGAAUUUGGUUAUAUGAACCACGAGUAUCCCUGUGCAGUACCAACCUGAUCCGUUUCCAGCAACACAUCACCACUUGUGAGAAAAGGUAAAUGCAUUUUAACUAGCAGGAGGUAAGGAGUGAACAGCAUUUUUAAACACAGAAGACCUUCCAGAUGUAGUCAUUUAAAGAAAAGCUCUAACCAAAUACUUAAUGCUGCAAGAUUUUUAGCUAUGCAAAUGUACUUUUUACUGAAAAUCUCUUGGUUGUAACAACCUGAAAAUCUCUUCCAUAGAAGAUUCUUCCUUUCUCGUUCAGAAGUCACUGGUUAUUCCCAGACAGAAUUGAACACACUGAAGUCAGUUCAUGCUUUUAGACAUGAAACAGAGACUCCUGCAGCUGAUGCAGAAUCCAAAUGUGCUGCUUCCCUUUCUGUGCUAAGUCAGAAGAGCAUUAUCUUGUAUAUUUGCUUAAAAAAGCAUAUUUCUUAGCUGCUGUUGGCUCAGCUGAAAAGACACAAGAUAGCAAUGCAUUUCCAGGUUUCUGUUGAUGAAGCCACAAAAUGUAUUUUGUACUAAAUACAAAACAUUUCACUUCUAAAUGUAAAA